AUCUAUCCGCUGCUCUCGCGAUAUCAGCCGGGCGGAUCCAUCAUGGCGGAAGAGGAAGUGGGCAAAUUGCAGAAGCACUUGGCGCUUCUACGCCAGGAAUAUGUCAAACUACAGCAGAAACUGGCAGAAACAGAAAAGAAAUGCACCCUUCUAGCCGCCCAGACGAGCAGAGAGGUUUCCGACGAGUCUUUCAUCAGCCGCCUCCUGGCAAUUGUCGCCCAGUUGUACCAACAGGAGCAUUACAGUGACCUGAAGAUAAAAGUUGGAGACCAGAACAUCAACGCUCAUAAGUUUGUGUUGGCUGCCAGAAGUGAGACAUGGAGUCUGGCCAACCUGGCAUCUACAGAAGAACUAAACCUGUCAGAUUCUGACCCCGAGGUGACCAUGGCAAUGCUUCGCUGGAUCUAUACUGAUGAGCUGGACUUGCGGGAGGACGAUGUCUACUUAACAGAGUUGAUGAAGCUUGCAAACAGGUUUCAGCUUCAGCUCCUGAGAGAAAGGUGUGAAAAGGGAGUCAUGUCGCUGGUGAAUGCAAGGAACUGUAUCCGCUUCUACCAGACAGCAGAAGAACUCAAUGCCACCACCCUGUUAAACUAUUGUGCUGAGAUCAUUGCAAGUCACUGGGACGAUCUAAGGAAGGAAGACUUCAGCUCAAUGAGUGCUCAGCUAUUGUACAAAAUGUUUAAAUCAAAGACUCAAUUUUCUUUACACAAAGCAAUUAAAGUGGAAAGAGAAGAUGUUGUUUUCUUGUAUCUGAUAGAGAUGGAUUCCCAGUUGCCUGCAAAAUUAAAUGAGCUGGACCAAAAUGGAGAUCUUGCCCUGGAUCUUGCUCUGUCUCGGAAGCUAGAGAGCAUAGCCACCACCUUAGUCAACAGUAGGGCAGAUGUUGAUAUGGUAGACAAGAAAGGUUGGAGUCUGUUGCACAAAGCAAUCCAAAGGGAGGAUAAAUUUGCUGCCAAUUUCCUAAUUAAAAAUGGUGCACGUGUAAAUGCUGCUACGAUUGGGGAACAAGAGACUCCACUACAUCUUGUAGCUGCUUGCUCAAUGAAGGAGCGCUCUCUAGAAGUGAUGUCCGAUAUAGCACAAAUUGCUGAGGCACUCUUGCAUGCGGGAGCUAAUCCCAACAUGCAGGACAGUAAAGGAAGGACUCCUCUACAUAGAGCUAUUCUUUCUAGAAAUGAAUAUGUGUUCAACCAGCUGCUUCAAUGCAAACAAUUAGAUUUAGAACUAAAGGAUCAUGAAGGAAGUACGGCUUUGUGGCUUGCUGUCCAGUACAUCACAGUGUCCUCUGACCAGUCUGUGAACCCUUUUGAUGAUGUCCCUGUGGUUAACGGAACUUCGUUUGAUGAGAAUAGUUUUGCAGCAAGGCUGAUUAAACGUGGCAGCAACACAGAUGCUCCCGACACAGUAACAGGUAACUGCUUGUUACAAAGAGCUGCGGGGGCAGGGAAUGAGGCGGCUGCUCUGUUUUUGGCAACCCAUGGGGCUCAAGUCAAUCAUAAAAAUAAAUGGGGGGAGACGCCUUUACACACAGCUUGCCGACAUGGUCUUCCCAACCUAACUACAGAGCUAUUACAGCAAGGAGCCAAUCCAAACCUACAGACACAAGAACCCAUUUCUGCGCCUAAAGGGUCCCCACCAACCAGCACAUAUCUCCAAACACCACUGCACAUGGCAAUAGCCUACAACCACCCAGAUGUUGUGACAGUCAUAUUAGAGCAGAAAGCCAAUGCUCUGCACGCAACAAAUAAUCUUCAGAUCAUUCCUGACUUCAGCCUGAAGGACUCAAGAGAACAAACUGUAUUGGCACUGGCCUUAUGGACAGGGAUGCAUGUCAUUGCUGCACAGUUGCUUGGGUCAGGCGCCGCUAUCAAUGACACCAUGUCAGAUGGACAGACCCUGCUACACAUGGCAAUAAGAAGACAAGACAGUAAGAGUGCCCUCUUCCUACUGGAACAUCAGGCCGAUAUAAAUAUCAGGACCCAAGAUGGGGAGACUGCACUUCAGCUAGCCAUUAAAAAUCAGCUUCCCUUAGUGGUUGAUGCUAUUUGCACACGAGGGGCAGACACGUCUGUUACUGAUGAGCAUGGAAACCCCCCACUGUGGAUCGCACUGGAGAAUGACUUGGAGGACAUUGCAUCCACAUUGGUAAGACAUGGAUGUGAUGCAACAUUUUGGGGUCCAGGCCCUAGUGGAUGUCUACAGACCCUUCUACAUAGAGCCAUCGAUGAGAACAAAGAGCAGGUUGCUUGCUUCCUCAUACGCAGUGGCUGCGAUGUAAACAGUUCCAGAAAACCAGGACCAAAUGGAGAAGGGGAAGAGGAGGCCAGAGAUGGGCAGACCCCUGUGCACUUGGCAGCAAGUUGGGGAUUAGAAGAAGUAGUUCAGUGCCUUUUGGAGUUUGGUGCCAAUGUGAAUGCACAGGAUGCAGAAGGAAGAACUCCAAUACAUGUUGCCAUCAGCAAUCAGCACCGUGUAAUAAUCCAGUUAUUGAUCUCACACCCAGAAAUCAGGUUGAAUGUGAGGGAUAGACAGGGCAUGACCCCUUUCGCAUGUGCCAUGACAUUCAAAAAUAACAAAGCUGCAGAGGCCAUAUUAAAGCGAGAACCAGGAGCGGCGGAGCAGGUGGAUAACAAAGGAAGGAAUUUUCUGCAUGUGGCCGUGCAGAAUUCUGACAUUGAGAGUGUGCUGUUCCUGAUUAGUGUGCAAGCCAAUGUCAACUCAAGAGUGCAGGAUGCUUCCAAGUUAACGCCUCUGCAUCUGGCUGUGCAGGCGGGAUCUGAGAUCAUUGUCCGCAACCUGCUUCUUGCAGGUGCCAAAGUGAAUGAACUGACAAAACACCGUCAGACUGCCCUUCACCUUGCAGCACAACAAGAUCUCCCUACUAUCUGUUCUGUACUUCUGGAGAAUGGUGUUGAUUUUGGAGCUGCAGAUGAAAAUGGGAACAAUGCACUUCAUCUAGCAGUAAUGCAUGGUCGCCUGAACAAUAUUCGCUGUCUUUUAACGGAAUGUAAUGUUGAUGCAGAGGCACUAAAUUUGAGGGGCCAAUCGCCAAUGCAUAUUUUGGGGCAGUAUGGAAAGGAAAAUGCAGCUGCUAUCUUUGAACUCUUCCUGGAAUGUAUGCCAGAAUAUCCCCUUGAUAAACCAGAUUCAGAAGGAAACACAGUUCUUCUCUUGGCCUACAUAAAAGGUAACGCCAAUCUCUGCCGAGCCAUUGUGAAAGCAGGAGCCAGACUUGGAGUGAACAACAACCAAGGGAUCAACAUAUUUAACUAUCAAGUUGCUACAAAACAGCUUCUUUUUAGACUUCUAGACAUGUUAACUCAAGAACCUCCAUGGUGCGAUGGUUCCAAUUGCUAUGAGUGUGCUGCCAAGUUUGGCGUUACAACACGAAAGCACCACUGUCGACAUUGUGGACGACUCCUGUGUCAUAAAUGCUCAACAAAGGAGAUUCCCAUUAUCAAGUUUGACUUGAAUAAACCAGUUCGAGUUUGCAACAUAUGCUUUGAUGUUUUGACUCUGGGUGGAGUAUCUUAGUAUACUUGGCGGCAUAAUCUUGCUACAUGAAGAAUGGCAGCUUAAAAGGCUGUUGGGUUGAGUUGCAGAUGUUUGCACUUCAUCAUGGACGAAGGACCAUAUUAUGAUAUAUUACAGUAUAAACAAUUUGAUUGUACAUGUAUAGGCUUUGCUAGAUACUAACUGGACUCCUUUUUAAGUCAAGUGCAAAAUAUCUACUAGUUUGGGAAAAUACGACGUUGAUCUGAGGAUCAAUGCAUCAUGUCAACAGUCUCUUCUCUGUCCUCAAGAGCUUUUCAGACUACCACUAAUUUACAUGAUCUUAAAAUGUCUUCUGCCUGUAAAAUACGUGCUGUGUCCUCCCAUAAUCCGUGGGUGAAUAUACAAGAGGAACUUCUUUUGUAAUACAGGGUUCAGUUUGAGGAAAGCCAAUAAAAUUGUGGCCUUAAAAUUAUAAGCUGUAAAACCAACAUGAUGAUGAAAUCUUCAUAGCACCUUCCCCAUUUAGUAUGCCCAUCUCAUGAAAUAGAAACUGGUUUCGCCAUCCUUAUUACCAACUAAUCAGAGGCCUCUAUAAUUUUGUCAUUACCGAUCCUGAUAAUUUCAUUGUACUUCUCACACACUUGCACAAUGUCUCUCAUUUCCUCAUAAUACAAGUGUUCCAUGUAAUAGAUUUAAACACUAACAUGUCAUAAGAAAAAAAAUCAUUUGUUAUAGAAAUUAAAUAUCCAAGCUACAUGGA